AUGACCACCACCAUGCCCCAAGCCUGCCCCUUGGCCCUAGCCCCCAAGCUCUCCACCAACAAAGAUCUUACCCCGGCCCCUGCUCCCGGAGAUAUCCCGCGUCCUGAUAUCUCUUGGUUUCCUGACCGCAAGGUCUUCCUCAACCGCGUCGAGGCCCUCAAGCUUCUCUACCCUGAUCGCCCCACCACCGUUCCGGCCGGCUGGCCGACCCAGCUUAACAUGGCACGGGCCUGGUCCGGUAGUGACUUCUCUGACGAUGGCAAAGAAUAUAUUGUCCAGUUUGACCAAGCUGACCUGGCCGAGAUUGACGAGGCACUGGUUCACUUCAAGUCUCUUCCCGGCGAUCUCGGCCCUGAUGAUGUUUCCAAGGAGACCUUCCCCCUGCCCGGUCUCGAGGAAAGACUCGAGGCCAUUGCCCAGGAGAUUCACAACGGCCGCGGAUUUGUCGUUUUGCGAGGUCUCCAGCCGGACAAGUGGACCAACAUGGAGAACAUUCUCGUCUACCUUGGCGUGACCUCGUACAUCGCCGAGAAACGAGGCAUGCAGGACUUUGACGGCCGCAUGAUCCUUCACAUCCAGGCUGUGGUCGAAGACGUGAAGAAACACGGUGCCAUGCCCAACAGCCCCUAUGUUGCUCGCGCUCAGCCCUUCCACACCGACCUCUGCGACAUUCUCUCCCUCUACGCCCUCAACACUGCCAGAUACGGCGGCGAGUCCUUCCUCGCCUCCUCAGCCCAAAUCUACAACGAGCUCGCCGCCACCCGCCCGGACAUUAUCCACACCCUCAUCAAAGACGACUGGAUCUUUGACGAGUUCUGGCAGGGCCAAUACCACACCCGUCCUCUCCUCUUUAAUUUCGAGGGCCAAGGCCCCGCGUUUCAAUUCUCCCGCCGUCCCCUCACCGGCUCCCACUUUAGCCCGCACCACCCCGACGUCCCUGCCAUGACCGAGAUACAAGCCGAGGCAUUGGAUGCCGUGUUUUUUGCGGCGCAGAAGCACAAGGUGGAGAUCAAGUUGCAGAAGGGGGACAUGAUGAUUUUCAACAAUUUUGCGAUGCUGCACGCGAGGAGCAGCUUUCAUGAUGAAGGGGAGCAGAGGAGGCACAUGUUGAGGCUUUGGUUGAGGAAUGAGGAGCUGAUGUGGAAGACGCCGAGGGAGCUGGAGAGGUUGAGCUGGGAGUGUUAUGGGGAUCAUGAGUGGAGGGCUAAGAGGGUGUGGGAUAUUGAGAGGAGCCCGCCCGAGCUGAGGGUCAAGUAUAGACGGGCUAGCUGUGCUUGA